AUAAUUUGUGAUAAACAAACAUUGUAACAAACGCCCGCCAUUGUCAUUGAGAAAGUUUUUUGAUUUCUGACCUCAUUUUUCAUAUUGGAAAAGUUGUCGGUUAUGCAUUGACAAAUUGAUCAACAACAAAUAGAAAAUGGGAAAUCAAUUGGUUAGUUCGGUGAAAACAGUCAUCCGGCCAAUCGAUUAUUACCUGAACGAAGUACCCGACUUUAAAUACAAAUGUUCGCUUGGUCAAACACAAUUUCUCAAAGUUGCCCUAUGUUCGCAUAACGAAGGUGAUACAGUGGUCAAAGUGUUGAGCCACGAAGACCCAAGUAUUCUAUUGGAGCAAUAUAAAAAAGAUCUGCUCAAUUUGGCUAAAUUGACGGCCAAAAAUGUGUCGAUCGCAUCAUUUCGUAUUGUUGAAAUUCGUACAAAUUUCGCCUAUAUGGCCCGGCAAUUUGUACGCUAUUCACUGUAUGAUCGACUAUCGACGAGGCCAUUUAUGACCGAUAUUGAAAAAGCAUGGAUCGUUUAUCAAAUACUUCGUUGUCUGCAAUGGUGUCAUAAUUAUAAUAUCUAUCAUGGCGAUUUGAAAUUGGAAAAUAUUCUCGUCACAUCCAAUUUAUGGGUGAUUGUUAGCGAUUUUGCCUCCUAUAAACCAAUUCGAUUGCCCGAAGAUAACCCAACAUUUUUUAAUUAUUUUUUCGAUACAUCACGUCGCCGUUGUUGCAAUAUUGCGCCCGAACGUUUCAUAUCAUCAUCAUCGAAUCAAAGUAAUAAUAGUAAUCAAGCGGAUACUAGCAUGGCUACAUCAUAUAUUCAGCAACAGAAUACGAAUAUAUUCAAUUUGUUCUUGCAAGAGGGACAGCUAACACCCAAAAUGGAUAUGUUUAGUCUGGGUUGUAUUCUGGCCGAAAUAUAUUCGGAUAACUAUCUUUUCGAUUUGGGGGCUAUACUCAAUUAUAAAGAUAAACGUGUUCUAGAUAGCCACACAGAAGAAUCAUUAGAACGAAUACAAAACGAAUCAAUGCGUAACGUUGUGAGAAAUCUGAUCAAUUUGGAUCCACAACAACGAUUUUCAUGCGAACAAGUUUUAGCUCAACUUCAAAAUGGAUUUUUCCCCUCAUAUUUCGAUGAAUUAUAUUCGUUAAUGGAAAAUCUGAUACGCUUACCACCGGAUGCCAAAGUUUUAUAUUUGCGACAAUAUAUUGAUUACUAUCUGAAUGUCAUCAACAAUGAGAAUGCCAAGGCAACAUUAAUAUUGUUGAUGGCACUGACAUCAUCGAUUCGUAGUCUGAAGCAUAUAUUCUGCAAGAUUGAAGCACAACGUCUAAUUUGUCGGAUGGCAAUGUCAUCAUCAAUAUUAUCGCCUUUCAUUAUUGAUCGUUUGAUUCCUUAUCUGGUGAAUGGCCUUACCGAUUGUGAUCAUCGUGUGCGUGGUGAAUCGAUUGAUUCGAUAACAUUAUUACUAGAAUAUGUCACCCGUCUCCCGUCCAGUGAUAAUAAUCUUUUUACCGAUUAUCUUAUGGAAAAAUUUCAGAAAUGUAUUGGAAACGAGAAAAAUACAUUCGUUCGAAUUUGUAUGGCAAGAAAUAUUGGUCGGCUGUCGAAAAUUGCGCUAGAUUUUCUAAAUCAAUAUUGUGAUCAUAAUUACGAUGAAGAAUUGAAUUUAUUGCAUAAGUAUUUUCAAAAUUUAGUAUCCAUUCUUAUAACCGAUCCGAACAAUUGUGUACGACGAGUAUUGUUAUUAACACCGCAGAAUUGUUCGCAAUUAUGUACAUUUUUUGGUCGACAAAAGACCAACGACGUUAUACUGAGCCAUAUCAUUACAUUUCUCAAUGAUAAAAACGAUUUCAAAUUGCGAAUAUCCUUUUUUGAUAAUAUUGUCAUAAUAGCAUCAUAUUUGGGGGUGCAGUGUUCGGCCAUAUUGCAUCCAUUAUUGCAGCAUGGUCUUUGUGAUGCUGAGGAAAUUAUCGUUGCCAAAACAAUCACCUCGAUUGCAUAUUUGGUUGAGCAAGGCUUAAUUGCUAAGAAUGUUAUCAUAGAACUAUUGCGGGAAAUAAUGCCAUUAAUUUAUCAUCCAAAUCGUUGGAUAACCAAUGCAAUCAUACAUUUCCUCCGAAACUUACAAUCACAUUUAUUAACGGUCGAUCUGAAUACAAAAGUAUUGCCAAUAUUGAGCUCAUUUUUCAAAUUGAAUGUUAAAUGUUUUACCGUACAAUUGUUUCAUCGUCGUUCGGUCGAACAGCCGAUUCCACGACCAAUCUAUGAGGCUGUUCUCAUGGCCAAAGAUCAAGAAGUUUUGAUAUCAUUUUUUAAUCUUUUAGAAAAGAAAUUAUCCUAUCCAGAUUAUGAUAUAUCAUUGCUCAAACACAAUAUCAUUUAUAAACGCCUUUUGGCUGAUAAUAUUACACCGGUUAUUGAACAGCAAUUAUUCGCAUUGCGGGAUCUAUUAAUUAAGAUUUAUCGCAAUAAACGUAAUUACCAACCAAUGGUUCGUGAUUGCGAAACAUUAUCAAAUUUUAUUUAUCUAAAACAUUACCAUAUGAUGCGUACACGCGAAGUACAAUUAUUUCAAUCAAACCAGUUCUAUCAUCAAACCGGCAACGAUGAUCAAGCAUCCAGUGCUAAUCAAGAGUGGCUACAUAUGUUCGGACCUAAUAAUCAUUUGGAUGGCACUCCACAUCACCAACAACAACAGCAACAAGCUCAACACACCACUAAUGAACCAAGAUUAAAGCCACACGAAAUGAAAGAUGUUGAACCAUUGUUGUACGAAUGUCCACCAUACUUACGUGAUGUAGAGAUGUUGGAACAGCAUAAAAAAAAUAAUUUCAUUCCAUUCGCAUCGGUCAUGAACAAAUACCAAUCACCAAUGAUAAGACCCAUGGGUUAUCUUGUGGCUCAUCUUUAUGAACAUAAAUCAAGUGUCAAUCGAAUGACCGCCAUUUCCAAAACCAACAUGUUUGUCACAUGCUCGGACGAUGGUUCGAUACGGCUUUGGGACCUCUGUGAUGAUCCAUCGCGUUAUGUAAUCAGCCGAUCAAGAUUUCAAUUUCGCCUAGAAUUUCAAAAUGGUUCGCCAGUCAAUUUCAAAGGCAUGGUGAAUUGCGGUCAAUUUAUAAUUGCCUAUUCCAAUGAUUGUCAGUUGCAUGCAUUCGAAAUGGGCCAAUCGCAAUUCGAAUUGACCUGUGCAUUCAAAAUAGGUUCGAUUCGCGCUUCGGUGCCCUAUUUGAUAACAUCGAUCUGCGCAUUGAGUGAAACAAUGUUUGCCGUGUCCCUAUCCGAUUCAUGGAUCUAUGUUUAUGAUACACGUUAUUUUUAUACGCCAUUUUUCAAUGUUCCUGUCAUGAAAAUGUCCGUACCUCCAUCACAUCGAGUUAUAACGGCCAUUGAUGGCGAUCCAUUGGCACUGUAUGCUGCAACAGCAUUAGGUUUUAUUUGUGGUUUGGAUCUGAGAUUUCAAUUGAAAAUUUUCAAUGUCAUUUACAACUCUGCCGAACCGACUCGAAUCGCACAGCUCAAACACACACCAAGUGGACUUUAUACUUCCGUUUUUGGAAACUAUGAUGUUACACAUUGGGAUCUCAAUCUUUUAUCCAAAAAUCGAAUUUUAACUGCAUCCAACAGUGCCAAAACAUCGGAGCAAUCAUCAUCAUCGUCGUCGUCGUCGUCGUCUGGUGCUGUUGUGAAUGCAAUACUGCCAUUAGUGACACAAACAACAACACAGGCCAUAAUCGCAGCCGGUUCGGACAUGAAAAUACGUUAUUGGGAUCUGAUGAACCCUGAACAAAGUUAUAUCAUCAGUGAUCCCAUUUAUAAAGCAUGUAAUUAUUGUUAUCUCAAUAAAUCAUCACCAACAACGCUCACCAAACACCAACAACAGCAAAAACAAAAACCAUUCUCACACCCACCAUCAAUAUGUUCGAUUGAUUCGAAUUAUUACGGCCCAUCUUCAACAAGCCAAACUGGAUCAUCAUCUGGCUCAGCAUCAACGUUCAAUAUACUACCAUCAUCAUCAUCAUCAAGAAAGCCAGAUAAUGUUUCAUCAACAGUAUCAUCGUCACCGUCAACAACAACAACGCUGGCCAAAACAUCAUCGACACUAUCAUCAUCGGAAGCGAUUGUCAAUAAUAACAGUGGUGGUAGUAAUAGUAAUAAUUUGUUGCCAUUAACAACCUAUCAGCAAAUUCUACAAGAUGAUGGUGUGUUUCGUGUGAUGGAAAUGGAAACAUCAUCCAUGAUGAACAAAUUAUAUCAAGAACAACACCAUUGUCCAAUGGAUCAGCAGUUGAUGUCAUUCGCUCAUCAGGAUUCCAUAACAGAUUUGAUCAAUAUCAAUCAAUAUCUUGUUUCUUGUGGUCGCAAUGGUGCUGUUAAAGUUUGGCGAUAGUCAUCCAUUGAUUCAUUGAUUAUACAUAAAUUCUCUAAAACACUAUCAUUUCUAUAGAAUAAUUCAUUAAAC